UGCUGGAGAGAGAGAGAGAGAGAGCCAAACAUGUCUGGGAUCUCCGCUAAUGACGCCUGUAAUGACUGUCUAACAUCAGCGCAGCAUCUGAACUCCACGGAAAUCCACUCCCAUUCUCACAUUGAUGAAGAUGAUGAACUUCUCAAGUACAUCUGGAGGGAAUAUCUGCAUCCUAAACAGUAUGAAUGGGUGCUCAUAGCUGGAUAUAUCAUAGUUUUCCUUGUCUCUCUGGUCGGAAACACCUUGGUCUGUUUUGCAGUUUGGAAAAACCAUCACAUGCGCACAGUGACUAACUACUUCAUCGUGAACCUGUCCUUCGCAGACAUUCUGGUCACAAUCACAUGUCUUCCUGCAAGUCUUGUGGUGGACAUUACAGAAACCUGGUUCUUCGGACAGACCCUGUGCAAGAUAUUACCUUACUUACAGACAAUCUCUGUGUCUGUAUCGGUUCUGACACUGAGCUGCAUUGCCCAAGAUCGCUGGUAUGCUAUCUGCCACCCCCUGAAGUUUAAGAGUACUGCCAAAAGAGCCCGCAAGAGUAUAAUUCUGAUCUGGCUGGUUUCCUGCGUCAUCAUGAUUCCACAAGCCAUUGUCAUGGAAUGCAGCAGUCUGCUUCCAGAGCUCACCAACAAAACCAGCCUGUUCACCGUGUGUGAUGAGCAGUGGGCAGAUGAAAUCUACCCUAAAGUGUACCACACCUGCUUCUUUAUUGUCACUUAUUUUGCUCCUUUGUGUUUGAUGGUCCUGGCAUACAUUCAGAUCUGUCACAAACUCUGGUGUCAACAGAUUCCAGGAACAUCAUCAGUGCUUCAAAGGAAAUGGAAGCCGCUGCAGUGUUCCGCCCAUGCUGUAGGCUCGGGAGAAUCAGUGAAGGUGAAAAGCAGCACCGUCUCAGCGGAGAUCAAACAGGUUAAAGCUCGACGGAAGACAGCACGCAUGCUGAUGGUGGUGCUGUUUGUGUUUGCACUCUGUUAUCUGCCCAUAAGUGUUCUCAACAUCAUGAAGAGAGUAUUUGGCGCUUUUAAGAACACGGACAACAGAGAGAGUGUCUAUGCCUGGUUCACCUUCUCACACUGGCUUAUAUACGCCAACAGUGCCGCUAAUCCAAUUAUCUACAAUUUCCUCAGUGGUAAAUUUCGAGAGGAGUUCAAAGCAGCGUUCAUCUGUCAUUGUUCCGGAACAGAUGAGACACACCAGGAGAGAGUCAGAGCGAGAACCAGCACAGAUAGCCGCAAGUCCCUGUCUACCCAAGUAAACAACUUUGACAACAUCUCCAGGAUAUCUGACCAGGCUGUGUAGCUCCAUCAUGAGGAGGGUUUGCUGGUUUAAUCCUGCGGACUGCCACUUCACAAGUCACCACCGCUGACUAGAAAAACACAGACAUGCCAUAUGCCAGACUUACAGAUGGAAGGACUGAACAAACCUAUUAGCAUCUGUGAAUUAUCCACACUUUUGGAAAACUACAUUGUGUCUAAUGCAAGAGCACAUGAACCUUCAGUAGAUUUUUAUUUAUUUAUUUUUUUCCCCUUCUGAGCCAAGAUGUAUAGGUGAUGUACUGCUUAAUCCACAGAGAUGAUAACUGAUAACACAUAUGAUAUUGGGUCUGAAACAUAUUGUUGAUGUAAUGCUGCAUUAUUCAACUCAGGAUUCAACACUUUCUCCUUUCACAUUUUAUGUAGAGACAACUAUAAGUAAGUAAUCUGUGAGUUAUCUGAGAAGUUUAAAGACUGCAGCACCGCUGAAACAUUGCUUUGUUUGUUUGUCCAUCCUAACAAGCUGAUCUCAGUAAUACUGGCUCACCAGUCAUCUGAAUUUUGGAUGGUAAUCUUUGUUUGAUGGGCCAGCAACUGAUGCAUUUAAGAAGCCUGCUUAAAAAUCAAACAGUAUUUUAUUAUUAUUAUUAUUAAGCCCCUAGUGUUGAAGACUUCAGAGAACAGGCUACACUUUACACAAGGCAUGCAUCAACAGUUUCAAGUACUUAUAAACAAAAAGGAUACUGUGUGUGUGUGUGUGUGUAGUUCCAUGUUUAAACAAUUUGGAAUGUUUCUCUACUAUAAGAAUACAUCUUUUCAGGUACAGUUCACUCUAGUUUAGUCUCAGUCAGGUCUCAAGAUCUCAAGAACAUAAAAAAAUAAAUAAAAAAUAAACAAACAAACAAAAAAAACUUCAGGAUAGAAUUUUGAUUGUUCACUUAGUGUAAAUUUCUAUAUAUGCUUGCAGAUAAAUGUCUGUUUUAUUUCCAGUGUAAAGCAUCUGUGUUGUGCGGUGUUUGCAUUUAUUUCUAAUGGAGUUGUUUUGACAUUUUGCACAGUCCAGCAGUAAUUAUUUGCUCUGAGUGUUUGCUUGUUGAGUCAGGAAGCCUGGAGCGCUUGCUGUCGUGACUAUUAUCCGUCAGAUGAUUACAGAGCCAUAAAACAGAACAAUGGCACAAUAAUGAAUCUUUGUUCAAGUGUGGUACACAUCACAAGCACAGACAGGUGAACAGCAGGGCAUUGAACGACUUAGGAUUUUGUUAUCUCUCAGGUGCUUGCUUUGAGGUCUUGUGUAAUUUAUUCAAAACGUGUGCUGCUACUUAUGACAUUUAUACAUAAAUACACUGAAUGUGUCGAUGUGUUUGAAAUUAUGUUUGUGUAUAUGGAUUCCAAUUUCCCUUAAAAAAAAAUUGCUUUAGUUUGCAAAUAUGUAAAUUAUUUUCAUACAUGCUGACUUUUAAACAGUUUUAACACAGAAAAGAAAGUGAAUUACUUUUGUCUAUGUAGGUGCAAUCUAAA